UUGACCUUGCCCCCUGGAAGAAAGUGGUAGGCAACUCAUUGCCCACAAACACAAAAGUUCACCAAACGGAGACGGCUUGAAAAAGUUGCAACAGACAAAACAAUGCCAUUUACAAAACUGGUUCAGACAACAAAGUAAAAGCUGUCUUGAGAACCUGCAAAAAAAAAAAAAACUGAAAAUUGAUUUCUGGAAAUGGGAGCAGCCUUAAGAUCAAUGUAUGCCAACAGCAAGUAUGAAGAAGUCAGAGAAGAAUGGGAGGAAGAUUACAGCCCUCAGAGAUUUUCUUACAAAGCUCUAUACAAAGCCACCAAAGGGUUCAAAGAGAGCGAGUUGCUUGGCACAGAGGCAAACGGGACAGUCUACAGGGGAAAGCUCUCGUCCAAUGCACAUAUCGCUGUGAAGCGAGUCGCACUGGAUGCAGAGCAAGAUACGAAGCACCUUGUUUCUCAGAUUGUUGGUAUUGGGAAGUUAAGGCACAAGAACCUUGUGCAGCUCUUAGGAUACUGCAGAAGAAAAGGUGAAUUACUAUUGGUCUAUGAUUACAUGCCUUACGGAAACCUGGACGAUUUCUUGUUUAAUGAAGAGAAGCCUAAGCUAAGUUGGUCACAAAGGUUUCACAUCAUCAAGGGAGUGGCUUCAGCUCUUCUCUAUUUGCACGAGCAGAUCGUUCUCCACAGAGAUGUUAAAGCCGCGAAUGUACUCUUGGAUGAGGAUCUAAACGGGCGGCUAGAUUUUGGUCUGGCUAUGUUCGGCACAAACAGGAACCCUAUGCUUGGAAGCGUAGGGUACGUGGCUCCGGAGCUAAUCAUCACAGGAAUGCCAACAACCAAAGCCGAUGUGUAUUCAUUUGGGGCUUUAUUACUUGAGUUUGCAUGUGGGAGAAUGUUCAUAGAGCAUCCAGGGAAGCCUGAAGAGUUUAAUCUAAUCAGCUGGGUAUGUCAAUGCUCGAAAAGAGGGAACUUGGUUGGUGUCCGAGACGCUAGACUGGAAGGAGAUUACGUCAGCAAGGAGAUAGAGAUGGUACUGAAGCUUGGACUGCUCUGUGUACAGUACAACCCAGAGGACAGGCCAAGCAUGGCACAAGUGGUGAGUUAUCUUGAAGGAAAAGAUGUUUUGCCUGAGAUGCCUCCAGACACACCUGGGAUCAGUAUUCCCACACCAUACCACGAAGUUCUGGCCUAGGGCAUAGUGUCUUCAUAUUCAAAGAAUGAGUGAGUCUACUUUCUUCAAACACCUUCAAAAAAUCUGCACAACCAUUGAAAGGUCUGCACUUGCUGAUUGUACUUUACUUCAUAACAACAAUUAUGGCCAGCACACGCUUGUACUGUUUUAUAUAUGAAAAAUUUAUCAUAAAAGUAUGACAAUAAUAAUAUAAUAUCAUAGUUUAGAGUUUUCCUAUAAUUCUCGUGAGCAAUUUUCUCUCAAUAACUUCUAACCUCUAAGCUAAGUUUCACUCAGCCUAAUGGUGUAUACGUUCAGAAUGUUCUAGAGCUCGGUGUAGCCCAUUUAAUCAUUCACUGUAAAAAAGAAAAGGCAAAGAUUUGGGAUAUUUUCAACAGAUUACUUAUCCAUCAUUAAUCUUCAAGCAAAAGGAAAGGGAAACUUUGUAAAUCACAUUCAAUAAUCAAACACCGAGACAAAUCUCAGGUUUUGGUUCUAGUGUUAAUUAAACCGUUAAAUCGUGUCAACCGACUCAAUCUAUUGAUUCCAGAAUAUUGCUUUGAGAGAAACUCUGAGCACAAACAUCUUCCCGAUUUCAAUACGCGGGAAAUUUGAUUGAUUUCUGUAUAGAAUAGAAUUCAAUUCAAUAUCAAUUUUUCUUUGCAUUAGAAAUCGGGAAUCAAUACUAACCGGAUCAAUCUCAUAUGCUCAGCGGAUGGCGAAAUUCUCUCUAUAAACAAAAUAUUCUCCUUUGAUACGAGGGUGUGUAUCAACCAAUCAGAAUGAAGAUAACUUACGUAUGGACUUUUUCCUUGCCAACUUUCAAAUUCUUUUGAAAAAUUUCCAAUAAGCAUAUCAAAAAAUAUCUUUUGAGUUUCGAAAACUCUUUAAUAUUUCUUCAAAUUUUCCACGACAUUGAGUGUUUGUCUAGGAUUCAUCGCACAGUCGUCUCACAGAACAUGCACUCAUACCAAUACCAAGUGAAAAAAGAACCAAACACAACCAAUUCACUGUUUUUACUUCUAAUGGACGAGAAUCUGGCGCAAGUAAUGCAGUACAUGUCUCUGGAGGAGGACGUACCCAUAAAUCUACCAGAUGAGGAUGAUUUUAUUGCCGUCAAGAAAAACUCGAAAAGUCUGAUUGGACGACAUCUUAAUCCGGAAGUACAGAACAUGGGGAAAAUGCUGAGAAUGAUGCCUAAAAUAUGGAAAAUACAUGAACGAGUCAUGGGAGUAGCACUAAGUCGCUAACAAAUGAGAUCUUUCAGUUCAUCUUCGAUCUAGAAACAGACCUUCUGACGAUCAUGAAGCACGGAUUGAUGAUUGGGGAAUGGUGAUGGAUAGAUGGUUGAAAUAUCCACCCUCUAACUUCCUAUAAACGACACCGAUCUGGAUUUGUAUAUGUUUGAACCGAGAACUGUUGGAAACUAGUAAAAGAGACGAGAACUCGUCGGUGGAUCGAGACAAAGACGUUUAUUAGAUCAUAGAACGUUUAGUCGGUUUACAAAUAAGGAAAUGUGCGGUAGAAAGCAAAUCGGCAAAAACUAGUUCGCCGGGAAAUACAAGUGGGCGAGAAAGAGAAAUAAAACCCUAGUUCUAGCCGCCGAAAGUAUAUGUAGUCGAUUUCGGAUCCCUUUUUUGUUGCCUCUAUAUCUCUUUAUAUAGGCGACCAGUUGAUGACUUAAUUUGCUUUCACUCAAUGGGCUUUCCACUCGUUGGGCUGAGCAAUCGGGCCGCUGUGUCAGGCCGUCGAGUCGACUGCUUUCAGUCGCUCAUUCCAUCGACUAAAACCAGUUUCGGAUCGAGCCAACCGAUCGGUUCGCGAGCUGACGAGCUGAGCCUCUUCCCAACGGUUAUGGGGCAGAUCAGCUAUUAUGUGGACCUUUUGAGAGGAUCAGAUCCAUACCCAACAGUAUACACAAAAUUCCGGUCAACUUCACGCUGAAGACCAUUAAUGCGGUGGCUGGUGGUGUGGGUUAUGUGAAUGUGAUUGAAUAUGAUCUUGAAAAUCCAUUGCUGCAUGAAUAUGUUCGGGCACUUGUGAUCGUGGAUCUUCAACAGCCAUUCUGAGACAAAAAAUCUGUGAAUCUUCCUCAGGGGAAACAUCUAUAGUAGAUGUGGAGUAUGAAAGUUCACAAAAAUGGUUUCACUGCUGUCGUCUGUCGCACGAUAAGCUAAGAUGCCCUCUGUUUU